AUGGGGAUGCCUUCUUUCAAUGUCUCGAUGUUCCUACUAAUCCUUUCCUUACUCAGCUUCCUAAGCCUAAACAGUGAAGCAGCCCCAGAAUACCGCUACCAUUUCUGUUCAAACGAAACCACUUUCACCCCCAAUAGCACCUACCAGUCCAACCUCAGCCGCCUCCUCUCUUCCCUUUCCUCAAAUUCCACGCAUGAAAGUGGUUUCUACAACACCACCGUUGGCCAAACCCCAGAGACCACAGUCUACGGCCUCUUCUUCUGCCGUGGAGACCUCACACCCGAUGAGUGCCGAGACUGUGUGUCAACAGCAACCAAAGACAUUGUUCAGGAGCAGUACUGCCCCGUAGAAAAAGUGGCCGUGAUAUGGUACGGUGAAUGCGUGUUACGCUACUCAAACGAGUCAUUCUUCUCCACCAUGGGCGAAGAUCUCACAUUUUUAUUGAGUAACACUCAAAAUAUAACAGAGCAAACCGAGCAAGAUCGCUUCUUCCUGCUACUUGGAGCUUCAAUGAAUGAAAUAGGGAGCAAAGCAUCAACUGCUUCCCUGGGUGCAAAAAAAUUUGCAACAAAAGAAGCCAAUUUUUUGGAAUUACAAACCACAUAG